GGAGGGAGGGCGGAGUCCUGCUCGCGCGUUCCGUCUCCUCAGUCGCUUCAGCCGCCGGCGGGGAAGGGGCGAUGAACUGGCUCUUCCCGCUCUCCAAAGCGGGCAGCGGCGGCGGGGCGGCCGCUUCGUCCUCGUCGGCCCCCGGGACCCCGCUGCCCUCGACCCUCACCAGCCUCCAGCAGCAGAAGCAGCGGCAAAUCGAGUCCCUGCGGAGCGCCCACGCCGCGAUAGCAGAAAUACAGAAAGAUGUGGAAUAUCGAUUACCAUUCACUGUAAAUAACCUCACAAUUAAUAUUAACAUUUUGCUUCCUCCUCAGUUUCCUCAGGAAAAACCAGUCAUCAGUGUUUACCCUCCAAUACGUCAUCACCUAAUGGACAAACAAGGCGUAUAUGUGACCUGCCCAUUAAUAAGCAAUUUUACGAUGCACUCAGACCUAGGGAAAAUCGUUCAGAGUGUUCUUGAUGAGUUCUGGAAGAAUCCUCCUGUUUUGGCUCCCAGCUCAACAUCAUUUCCAUACCUUUACAACAAACCAGCUGGAAUGUCUCCCUAUGCUCCUCAGAAUUUCCCAUUUCUUUCGCCGUAUUUGUCUCAAGAGACGACAAGGUCUGUAGCAUCCAUGUCACUUCCAGAAUCACGUUCGUCAGGUUGCGCCACAGAUCGACCUGCAGCUCCUUCCUAUGGCAUGAUAGCAGAGCUACCCUUGCCUGUUCCAACAGCAGAAUUUUUUUCACAGGGGAGCCAAAAUGGGUACAGUUACAAGAUGCCUGAUGUUCCUGAGGCAUUUCCAGAACUAUCAGAAUUUAGCAUUUCACAGCUGACAGACAUGAAUGAACAAGAAGACGUACUGCUGGAACAGUUUGUUAAUCUGCCUCAGUUGAAGCAAGUCAUUAGUGAUAAGGAUGAUCUAGUGAAAAGUAUUGAAGAUCUAGCAAAAAAAAAUUUACUUUUGGAACCUAGUUUGGAGGCAAAAAGGCAAGCAGUGCUGGAUAAAUAUGACCAGCUUACUCAGUUGAAGGCCAUGUUUGAAAAGAAGAUGCAGAGGCAGCAUGAACUCAGUGAGAGUUGUAGUGCAAGUGCUCUGCAGGCAAGACUGAAAGUAGCUGCCCAUGAAGCAGAAGAGGAGUCAGACACUAUUGCUGAAGACUUUCUGGAAGGGAAAACAGAGAUAGAUGACUUUCUUAGUAGCUUCAUGGAGAAGAGGACAAUUUGCCACUGUAGAAGAGCCAAAGAAGAAAAGCUUCAACAGGCAAUAUCAAUGUGCAGCCAGUUUCAUGCUCCACUAUAGAUUUUCCCAGUUUCCAAGGCAAGUGAACAGAUCCAGCAAAGCACAUUUUCAUAUGUAUUUUGCAAAGAAGCAUUUCAUCUUGGUUGUAUUUAUAGAACAGUCUAUAAGAGCUGGAUUUUUUUUGUAUAAAUUAGAGUCUUUAUAUGAUCAUUUUAUCCAAGAAAUCCUACUGCAAUUUUUGCACUAAUAUUUUCUGUAUUUAUUAUUGAUAAUACUUACCAUGUUUAAGUUUCUGCUGCUAUCUCCACCUACUUUAUAGAUUAAAUAUCUAAACAUGCAAUUUUGACUAGCUUUUUAAAUUGCAUACUACACAAACCAUAAUGUUUGUAUUUAAAUGUUGGCUGGUUUGGGGGAAAUACAGAAGUGGUGACUGCUUAAAAGUAAGCCGCAAAGUAUUGUGGAGCAAGGUGUGUCUGUUAACACUUCCACAUAAGAGUAACCUGUUUCUUUAACCAGUUUUAUUUAUGUUGAGAAACGGUGCAUUGAAAUUAAGCACUGGUGGAUUGUAGACUCACACUGAAAAAUCCCAUGCAGCCUCUAAGUAGAAUUGUAGCUUGGGAAGACAGGCAGUCUCAUCCACAGUGGAGGUAGAAGUCCACUGUGCCGAUGUGACGCAUCCCAACUGUUCCCAAAGAGGCUUCCCAGCAGCAUGGGAGGCUCGCAAAGUUCAACAGUCUCCCCGCUGCCGAGAAGCCUCAGUGGGCCACAGUGGAUUUACGCCAGCCAAAAGGCUGUCUUAAGUCCAGAUUGUGGCUUGCUGGCAAUAUGUCAGCAAAGGCUGGGUGGGAGCUGACGCUCUGACUCUCCCCUGAUAUAUCAGCAAAGGCUUAUGGAUGCUGCCGCAGUAUCUUACACCACAUCCCACCCUUGGGGAAAGGCAGCAGCUGUUUCUCCCUUCUGCUGGGGUAAGUGCUCUGUAGAGGGCAAAUCCGUUCACUUGGGUUGAUCCCCGCCCCCUCCCAUGGGCUCGGAGUUAUUUAAGCAUUGCCUUUCCAGCCUGUUGAUGAGGACCGUCAGCUGCCUUCUUUCCAAGAGAGAUAUCUGAGGGUGUAUCUUUUAUGGUCUUCUCAGAAUGCUGAAAUUAUCUGCUUUUGGAAAUACAAAAGACUACAUGGGCAUCUGAGCCACAGGAAGGAGCAGUAUGGUACUUGUCCUCACUCGAAGCUAGGAGACACAGGGGAAGCAAGAAAAAAGAGUGUGGCAGAAUGAGAUUUCAGUACUUAUGAGAAAUUGGGACAGAAGUACAUCUGUUUGAAGUCAUGUUGCUACAGCGAUGAGGAAAUGACAGCCGCUCUAACUUAACCAUUUUGUGAGGGGAAAUUCAGGAUACAACAUUGAGAGUAAAAUGAAGGAAUUUUAUUUUAGAUAUCAUAUGGUGCUUAUAGAAUGAUGUAAUCACUCUUGAAAAUAAUGAUUAGGUCAUUCAGAUUAUUUUAUAGGCAAUUAUAUUAUUGAACCCCAUGUGUCAGUGGCAAUUAAUGGUAAAUGUAAUUUUUUGUAAAAUGAAUAGAUCAUUCCCCCCCUUAUUUUUUUUACCUAUUAAGCUUCCUUUUACUAGUAAAGAUAACAGUAAAGAUAAAGCUGUAAAGGCCUUUGAAAAUUUCCGUAUUUGAACUUCAGUUUCCACAAAUGAGAACAGCUGCGGCAUUCAGUUUCACAAAAUUUUGGGAACACAUCUUGAACUGGAAAUCAACAGUCUGGUGGAACGAAUAUUGCUGUAGGUGUGACUUAAAUUGUGCUGCUAGCACUUCAUUACUUUGUGGCUCCUCUUUUUGCCGUUUUCCUGGCAUAGUUGAAGUCAAGUGGAAUUUAUUUUUUUUUAAUUGGGAAGAUUCGGUGGGUGUUAUCUUGCCAUGCUACUGAGCUACAUCUUGCCAUGCAUCUCAGCUACUCUGUGCUAUUGAUGUCCUGUGUUGGGCAGCCCAGUUUAUAGGUUUGAGGCUUCUGUACCCGUAAUUGUCACAGUGCCCUUGACAGAAGGCCUCAUGUGCUCCAGGCUCCUGGUAAAAAAUUGAAUCUUGAAAUCUAUAUACUUUUUAAGGUCAAAUAAGGAUUUUUCCAUUUUUUAAUUUCGAAGUAUUCACUGUAAAUUUUUAAAACCCUGAUAUCCCCAUAGACUGCUUGUUCAUAUGGGAUUUUUCAUUCACUUUAACAGGAGCUCCCUGGCGCAGAGCCGUAUGCUGCACUACCGCAGUCAAAGCUCUGCUCAUGGCCUGACUUUGAUCCCAACAGAAAGUGGUUUCAGGUAGCCGGCACAAGGUUGAUUCAGCCUUUCAUUCUUCAGAUUACUUGGUAAAAUGAGUACUUAGCUUGCUGGGGGUAAAGCGUAAAUAACUGGGGGAAGCAACAGCAAACUCACCCUAGUAACACAGUCUGCUUAGUAAACAUUGUGAUUCAGUGUCACCCUAUGGGUCAGGAAUAACCCAGUGCUUGCACAGGGGGGCUAUCUUUACCAUUUUGAAAAUCAAGGAUGCAGGGUAGGCUCCUUGACAUUGGACCUUGAUUUCCUGCCAAGCUGUUUCUAAUCUAACAUUUACAGGCACCAGUUCUUGUGGUGUACAAAGCUGAUUUGUCAGUGAUGCCGUUAAUCGCCUUCACGUUUCUUCAGUGUAGCAUCUAAAUAUAGCGUGGAUUCUUCCCAGUCUCAUAACAGUAAAAAUGUACAGGUUAUACAGCAAAUGAAUCUGACAUGUUAUCUUACCAGUAUUCCUGAAAAUGUCUUGCACACUAAAGGCGAAAUCAGGCUAGUGUGCAAAAUGAUUGCUAAGUACAGUUUGGAACCACCAAAGUUUGAAAGCCACAACCUUUUAAUCAAGGACUCUGUCAUGCCUCUCAGUUUGGUUAUAAUUUUUAAGAAUAGAAAAGGGUUGUGUGUUUUUUCUUUAUGUAGAGUCAGUUCUCCCUUUUGUCUUUAAAAAUGUUUUCCAGAACUCCUUUAUUUCUAGAAGUACAUAAAUAGUAUGUUGCAUUUCUAUAAGCUUUAUCUGUAUCCUGGUCCAGGUUGCGUGAGAGCAGCUGGAUGGUCUCCUGACCACCUGGAAACCUUUGCGGCUGAUCUGUUCCUUGAAAUCAAUGUGUAAAUAAAUACAUCUUCUGUAUUGUUUAUAUACA